GAGUUGCAAAAUUCAUACGUCGCUGCUCUGUUCCGAUUUUUUCGCGAUUGUCUUCCGCACUUUAAGUUCUUAUCUGUGCAUCGAUGCCUGAUGCAUCGAUUAUUUUAGGAAUCGCCCUUGCGGCGCGCGUGGGUUACGCAUCCGUUUGUCCCGACGGACUUGCCGUACAUCGUCCGCUGCCGAUGUUAGGUCGCGGUCGUUUCCUCUUGUCACUCGGCCGGCCGGUCGAGCGAGCGGCCUGCACACGCGCUUCACCCAACUUGAAUGAAAUAUGCGUCAUCGGUGAACGUAGCGAAGCCUCCCUCCGCGCUGGUCGUCAAGUGAAGGAGACCUCCCUCAGCGGUUCAGUCUCGUCGUCGUCUCGGUGCACGGUGUUUUAGCGUAGCAUACUUUAGCUUAGCAUGCCUAGCCUAGCUCAGCUCAGUGGCAAACAAAGCACCUAGCAAAUGUGAUCGUCGCGCGCGCGCGUGCGGGAGCGAGCCAAAAUGUGUACAAGAGCGACAGCCAAAUUCGAGGAGGAACGUUGGGAAGCAAAGGACGACAGCGCCAAUCCAGCCAGCACCGCAGGUUUGCUGACCACGCGCUUCUUGUUCGCGAGUUUACCGCCACGAGGGCAACUUUCUGCUACUCUUGGAGGAACGCUAAGGUACGUCGCGGGAGGAGAUGAGCUGGAGUCCCAUGGAGGGGGAGGAGAUGAGCUGGAGUCCCCUCGCGUGAAAGAAGAAGAAGAGGAGGAGGAGAAACAGGGGCCUGCUUGCGUUAAGGAGGAAGAGCAGGAGGAGGACGUCACCAAGUGGCCAUCCGCCGGAGUCCCUCUCAAGAGUGAAGAUGAAGACAGCGAGGAGAAAGAUCCAGGCGAGGCCAGCAGAGGGGCGGAGCUUCCCGGCGGCAGUCACCACCCGGGUGCUGACGGCGAUCCGGCGGCGCCCCGGUCGGACGGCGGCGGCGGCGACCACCCUCCGUCACGCUCUCCUCCUCACGCUCGUCGUCAGGACGAGCGCUGGAAAUGCUCCGUGUGCGGCAAAACGUACGCUUCCAAGAGCAGUUUGAAGCAGCACACCAGAAUGCACACUGGAGAGAAACCUUUUGCAUGCCCACUGUGCGCAAAACGAUUCUCCCAGAAGGGGGGCUUGACAAUACACACGCGAACACACACCGGGGAGAAACCUUUUGCCUGCCAGGCCUGCGGCAAACGCUUUUCCGAGAAGGGCAGCUUGAAACUGCACGCCCGGACGCACGCGGCGGCCACCUCGUUUUUGUGCUCGGUCUGCGGCGACAGGUUCCCCGGCAAGGAAGAUCUAAAAGUACACACGCGGACGCACGCCAAUUGGAAACCCUAUCUUUGCACCGUCUGCGGCAAAAGCUUUGCCGCAAACAAGUACUUGCGAGAACACUCGACGACGCACACGGGCGAGACGCCCUACGCCUGUGCGCUUUGCGGCAAAGGGUUCUUCAAUAAGGGCAAUUUGACCACGCACAGCAGAAUGCAUGCUCGAGAGAGACCCUUUGCCUGCUCCCAUUGCGCCCAGCGCUUCUCUCGAGAGGAAGAUUGGCGCCAGCACGCCAGGACGCACACUGGCGAGAAGCCUUACGCCUGCACCGUUUGCGGGAACCGUUUCCUCAACAAGGGCCAUUUGACAACGCACACCAGAAUCCACGCCGGGGAGAGACCUUUCGCCUGCUCCGAUUGCGGCCAGACCUUCACUCGACGAGACCAUUUGGCGAGCCACGCCCAAACGCACACGCGCUAGCCGCCCGGCCAACGAGGCCUCGGACGGACAUGUCCAUCGGCCGACUCUCCAGGCGUCGGGCCUACAAUCGAUUGUUGCUUUGGCAAAAGCUGGUCAUUUUUGCACAUUUGUAAACAAAGUCCCUCCUUCUGCACCUUUCAACCUUUUGGAUCCAUGCGCGGUUGUCUUGAUUUGGGUGCGGCUUCCGUCCACAUGCCUGUCCUGCAGGUUGCGUCCUUUCGCCAACUUGCUUUCUUUGUCAGAAUUUUACCCCCAAGCCAUCCAUGUAUUGGAAUGAAAUUGCAUCGUUUCCAUUCGUUCUACAUAAAUGGAAAAUAUAAAGGAAACAUUUGAAUGCAUCUCUUUGAUGGGUAAACGAUUCCAUUGUGUCACCCAUUAUACGACAUCGUUCGACGCUCUUUUGUGGGGAGAUUCGGCUUUUUGCAGUCAUCUCGCGAUACGGAAUGAAGUCACGCGAGAUUACGUUCCCCCCCUGCGAACGUCAUCGCAGGUGACGUCCGACGUCAUUUCCUUUCAGCCACGGUGUGUCCUCGCGAGGUGCUGCAGAUGCCACGCCAGCGACGGACGGGAUGACGACGGAAGAGCCCACGAGCCGCUGCAGUCCUUCUUCAGUGCGGCAGCCCUCGGGACAUGGCGCCAGCUACCUCUUUGAUGGUGCGCACCACCUCGAACUCGGCCGAGGUGUUGAAGUUGUAGCCUUCCUUGCGCAGGAGCAGGCGCAGGUAGCGCGACACGUCCCUGCCGGCGACGUCCACCCGCAUGAUGGAGUGCGGGAUGGCAAAGCCCUCGUAGAUGGGCACCACGUGCGUCACGCCGUCGCCCGAGUCCAGUACCACGCCCGUGGUGCGGCCCGUGGCGUACCUGAGCGAGAGGACAACCGGCGGCGUUGGCCACCACGGGUAUUCCGCCGAGCCUUUCGGAAUUUCGACAAGCAAGCGCUGAUCUGUGACGCAAACUUACAAACUGAGGACCGCCUGCAUGGAGAUGAAGAGCGCGGGAACAUUGAAGGUCUCGAAGAAGACCUCGGCCGCCUUCUCGCGGUUCUUGCUGGGGUUGAGAGGCGCCUCGGUCAGAAGAACGGGAUGCUGCCAAACAGACGGCCGACAGCUUUACAAGGCCUGCCCGCCCGCCCGCGGCACGACGGCCGUCGAGCUCACCUCCUCGGAGAAGGUCUGCAGCUGCUCCUUGGAGUAAACGUACUGCCAGAUCCUUUCCAUGUCGUUCCAGUCCUUCACGAUGCCGUGCUCCAUGGGGUAGCGCACCGACAGCAGCCCGCGGUGCUCCUGGGGUGGCGAGGCACAUAGGGAGGGACAAGGCACCUGCAUUGAGAACCGGCCUCGCCGCCUUGAUGCAAGACUUUGUUGGACUUGUAAGUCAAGGUACGGCUCGCUCUCAUUUUUGGCUCAAUGAAGGCUGGCAAAUGGCGCAAGCGCGUAGGGAUUACCUCUGCUUUAGGGCCGAUAAAAAGGUCUCCCUCCAAGGCGCCCGCCAUGACGCGCACGUGUUUGGGACGCCCCACACUGCAAGAGACAAUCAGCACAUGCUUGUUUCCAAACCCGAAGAAGGGCGAGCAAGCGAGCGAGCGAGCAGGCCGGCCCGACUUACUAGUUGGGAAAACAAUAUUUGGGGAUCUGAUCUCCGGCGAAGCCAGCCUUGAUGACCCCUGAACCCUGUGCACACGAUUGUGAAAAGAUGAAAUGUACAGUGUGUGAGGAAGAGGAGGCUCAUGAGACAAGGCUGCAGGCCACGCAACAACAAACCACCACUUUGUCCCUCCUCGCGCUCGCGCUAGCUGUGCUGGAUCGCAUCCCUUCAAGCAAAUCUCACGCACGCACACGAUGAUCGGUCGCUUCUGCAAACAUCGUCUCGUCGGUGCAUUGCAUUACCCCGCCCCAAUUCCGAUGACUGUCUCUUGAGAACGGAAGCUUUCCGAUCCCUGAUGCCUUACAUACAACUGCAACGUGUUGUGAUGGUGAAUGUUCAAACAAGUGUUUCAAAUAGAUAGAAUAAAUGUGUUGUGACGUUGAAGCUAAA